AUGGACUCCUCAGACACCGAGAACAUUCCCCCAGCCCUGUCACGCUGUACAGGGACAAACUGCUCAUAUACUCCAGAGCCAGGCAGGCAGAAAUGUGCCCGGUGUCUAGAGCAAAACCGACAGGCAGCAAAGAAGCGCCGGGAACUUGCGAAGAAGCAGAAGAAGGGCGAUGGCCCGUCACCGCGGAAGAAGCUGAAGGCCGACGGCCCGCAAGCUGGCACUGCCCACAUCCACGUGCAUGAGUCUGACUCCGAGUCAGAGCCCGAGGACAUGGACUCAGCAACGGAAGGAGACCUGACGAGCUACGAGGCAAAGGUGUCACUCACUGAAGAUGCCGAAUCAGACCCCCGUGAACGUGUCAAGGCAGCGGCAAUGGAUGCUUGGAAAGCAUCAGGCUUCCGUUUUACUGUCCAUCGACAUAAGCAAUUGAAAACUGGCCACUCAACAAUCUACUGGUGUUCACAAGAUCGAGGACGGAAGAAACAGUCGAAGCCAACAACCAAACCAGAUGCCAAGCAUCGCGAAACCCCUGUGAUGAACAGAUACCCUUGCAAAAGUCGGCUCGCAAUUGCAUGCCAUCGCGGCGGGAACGCAGACGGCCGGCUCAAUCUAUACAUCAACUUCAAGCAUGCCAUCCGACACAUGGCUUACCGUGAUACUUCAAUGCCAGCUGACGCCAUCGAGUUCAUUCACAACACCCAGGAUGGUGUAUCACCAUCUGAUCUCGCCGACACGGUGACCGAGCUCUUCAAAAAUGUGUCGCGCGCGCAAGCGCUGAACAUCUGGCGCGAGAAGAUGGAGAAGUACUACAAGAGAGACGACAAUCAACUCAAAUCGGCGGCCAUAUUACUGCGAGAAUUCGGCGACGACGUCGAUAUUUUUGAGCUAGUAGGAGUUCCGGCGGAUGUCGAGGUUCUGGCGUGGGGAAUGAAGAAGAUUGCCGGGCCUCUGCGCGGAAUUGUCGAGGAGACGGCAAUGGAUGCAACAUAUAACACAAAUUCUCGAAAUCUCGAGUUGUAUGCCAUUAUGGGCGAGCUGGACAAUGCACCCUCCAGACAAGCGCAAGAAAACUGGGGGAACUGGUACAGGAAAGGGCGAUGGGAGCUAUGGGUCCGUUCCGCGCAUCCCACCAUUCCACGACUCCGAACGACUAUGAUCUGCGAGAGCCACUGGCGCAAAUUGAAGCAGGAUUACCUUCACGAAUAUCAUUCUCCCCGACUUGAUUUACUGGUGUGGAUCAUCUUGACGAAGCUGUGCAAGACAUACACCACAAAACUCACCAAAUUCCUCACCCCUAGCUGCCGGACACGCAUGUCCGAGCUUUCGUCAUGGCGCGACACCUUCCGCAAGACAUGGCGAAGCCUCGAGAAACGCGACAUCUCCGACCGAGUCCAUGACACCUACCGGCCCGACGUCACCCGCUGGGUGUGCUCAUGCCCAGCAUUUCUCGUCAGCCGGUUCCUUCUCUGCAAACACCUUGUCCAACGCGUUCAAGUGGUACCGGCCACAUUUUUCCGCGAGGUUAAGCGGCGCCAUACGGUACCAUUCUGGCAACACCCGGCCUUGAUUCCCUUGCACGACGGCAACGAUGGGCCUGCUCUCCAGGCUCCCGGCGCCAAUCUUCCGCAAGAUCUUGACGUUCCAGAAGACGAGGACGAGGAUGAUGAUCAAGAGCCGUCGGUCUACAUCGAGACGGCAGCCGAUAGGGAGUUUGACGCGUCAGCGGCAACUUUCGAGGCCGAGUUUGACAGAGAAAUUCAGCGGAUGGAAGAGUUCUUGGCAGGCCUGAAGUACCAGAAGCAAUUCCGGGACCGCCGUAUGCUAGAUACGCUGCAAAAGAAGGGCAGUGGCUUCUUUCGAUUGGCACAGGCUUGUCUUGUCAAAGAGAGAAAGGCCCAGAGUACAUCUGGACAAGCAGCGCAGACAUGGGACCCUCAGCUAGCGGACGCGAUGUAUUAUCGGCCUCGACCACGCGUCGCAGAGCGCGAUACGUAG